UGUGCGCUGCGGGGGGACAGUGGCAUCUGUUGUUCACGCCUCUCUUUAUUCUCUCACCGGCUCGGACAGGAGGACACACGCCCAGUUGGCUAGGAGAAUUAAGUGUUACGUGCGAGGAAAAGCUUUCUAAUCUCUGAUCUCUUGGAUUAUUCCUCCGAUGGACGGGAUUUAGCCCCUGUCCGCCGUUUUUGGCCACUAUUUUAUGUACACGUGCGCGCACCAUUUUUGCGCGCUCAUAUUUGCGCCCCCAGCACUUGCAUGAUGGAUUAAACACUCGUUAGUUUUAGCCUAGUUUUUUGAUGUGUGCUCUCAGAACAAUUGUGGAUGCUAAAUGAUGAUGGUCUUUUGGUCACUGGAGCGCGCAGCCGUACAUUGGAUUAAGAGCCAGAGGCUUUCCACCGCUCUUGGAACAAUCACCUGUUUAUUCUCCUGAGACACAUUUACCUGUUGUUGUUUUUUUUUGUUUUUUUUUGACGCGCUGGGAUGGAGAGCGAGCUGAGACCCAGGCUCUGUUUCCUGACCAAGGGAGAGCGCGGCUAUGGGUUUCACCUGCACGGUGAGAGGAAUAAAGGCGGACAGUUCAUCCGCAAAGUGGAGCCCGGCUCCUCUUCUGAUCUGGCCGGGCUGCGACCAGGAGACCGGGUGGUGGAGGUGAACGGGGAGAAUGUGGAGAACGAAAGCCACCAUCGAGUGGUGGAACGUAUCCGUGAGGUGGAGCACCGCACCAGGCUGCUGGUGAUCGACAGAGAAACAGAUGACUACUUCCGCAGCCGUGGCCUGGCCUGCACCGAGGACCUGGCCAUUGAGAUGGGAACCCUCUCCCCGCAGCCUUCGCCCCGGUCCACCCCUUCUAAUUCUCCCUUACCCAGAGAGAACUCACCCCUGUCACCCCUGUCACCCCUGUCACCCAAACCAAACCACAAACACUCAUUUUCCCCUCCUGCUGCAGACUUGUCCACACACACGGCCACACAAGCUAAUGACAAGAGAUCCUCAUUGACAUCAAGUACAGCGACAGACACAGAGCUGCAGGUGCAGCCAUCACCAGAGCCGGCAGUUGAGCUCCUUCCCCGUCUGUGUCACCUGGUGAAGGGGGAGCACGGCUACGGCUUCAACCUGCACGGCGAUAAGAAAAAGGGUGGACAGUUUGUGCGUUCAGUGGACCCCGGCUCAGCCGCUCUGAGUGCAGACAUCAGGCCUGGAGACAGACUUGUGGAGGUGAAUGGAGUGAACAUAGAGGGCUUGAGGCACUCAGAGGUGGUGCUACUCAUUAGAGCAGGAGGGGAGGAAGUGCGCCUCCUAGUGGUCGAUCAGGAGACGGACGAGCUCUUCCACAGACUGGGGAUCACACCCAACACCAGCCAUGUCAAAGAUCUUCAUCUGGAUGAAUCAGCCACAGAAAGUGCCCCACCCAACCCCUCUCCAACGACUGAACUCCCCGCCACAGAUCCACCAAUCAUAAACGUCACGCUGACAGACUCCCCGAUCACAAAUACAUCUCCAAAAUCCCGGGUCACUGGGAGCUCAGCAUCCCAUUCCUCGAGAAGUUCCACCACCCAAUCAGAGAUCAGCAGCUCGGACAUGAGCAUCCAGGUCCCUGAUGAGGACGACAGGCGUUGUUCGGACCCUUUCGUGGACAGUGGCCUCCGUCUGAGUCCCACAGCCGCUGAGGCUAAACAAAAGGCCCUAGCCAGCCGCAAAAAGAAGAGAGCACCUGUUAUGGACUGGAAUAAGAAACAUGAGAUCUUCAGCAGCUUGUGACCCCAGAAUGUAAGGAGCAAAAAAAAGAGAAGAACAGCAUAGAACGAAGAAUAAUAUUGUGAUUCUUCACAGUUCAUAUUGUAAUUUUAAGUACUGUUCCUCGAUGUUGCAGAGGCACGGUAAAAGAAAGAGUAAUGUGAAAAGGGAAAAGGCGCAGGUAGUAACAUUCAUAGUAAUAUUCCUAAAUUCUGCUCUGUGUAAAAAGAAGAUAAAGAUAUCAAAUAGUAUUUUCUAGAUGCUUAUUUUACAGUAUCUAUAAGGACAAAGAAAUGUUCUAUGGAUGUGUCAGAAAUCUUACAAUACACUACAUUAAACGAUAGCACUAAUGGCCAUGGUGCCUGGUCAGUACACAGUGUUUCUCUUCAUUAAAUCAUAGUCAUUUCAGAGCCAUAGUGACUAUGCAUCUGUAACCGUAUUUUUAGGCCGUAUUUUCUGUAGCUACGCUUUCUGUUGUAACUUUGGUAGAUUUCAUUUUUUGAAGUAAUAGUUAAAUGUCUUUUCAAUUUACAAUGAGCUCAUCAAAGCUGAGUCCUGGAGUAGUUAUAUUAACUUUUUGUUUUUCAAUUUAAUGUAGCAUAUCACUUUUAGAUGUAAAUACAGAGGAAAUGGUAUAGAGGCUGAGUUAUGAAAUGUAUUAUGUUGGAUCACCUCAGUGCUUCUCUUCAAUGAUAUCUGUAAAGGAAAAUAUUUAAGCAAAUGGUUGACUAAUGGAUGAUAGUUGUUGUAGCUUUUUAAGGAUUUGUCUCUCAAAUGUGCUUUGGUUCUUCUCACAAUGUGAAAUAAACUUUCCAAUUAUGUGUAAA